AUGGAAAAAAUGAAAUCUCAAAUCCAUAGCUUCUACUUCCAAAAGAUAAGAGAAAUGGAAGGAUCCUCAAAUAAGAUCACAAAACUUACUCAGACAAUUCCUGACGAUCUGGUGGAGCACAUCAUCUCCAUGUAUCUUCCAGUGCAAUCUCUUUUACGAAAUCGUACUCUGUCCAAAAGAUUUGUGAAUACAGCUAUACAAUCUCGUGACUUCGACUUCAGUGGAAUAUAUUCUAGAAGACGUCGUCGUAGUCAGUCAGAGGUUGUGAGCAUCAUCGAGAAAGUAUUCAAUGAAUACAAAGGAUCGGAGAUUGACAGGUUAGUUUUGGUUAUCAAUCAUCUUGGUGUAGAAGAUAAAGUCAUCUCGUGGAUCAAUACAUGUCUUGAUAAAAACAUCAAAGAUAUCGCCCUAGAUUUCUCCAAAUCCAAAAAAGUUAUGGAGAUCCCGAUCAACUUCUCGGAUUUGGAGAGUCUACAAGAUUUGAAGCUGCGCUCAUGUAAAUUUGAGAUACCUGACAACACUCCAAAAGGUUUAAGGCUCUUGAGGAUGCUCUCACUUAUGCGGUGUGAGGUGAAGAAAGAGACGAUAGUUGCAAUUUUCAGCAACUGCUUCCACCUCGAGUCGUUGGAACUAACCGAAUGCCGGAUGGAUGGUAUGUUGAGCAUCCAGGCUAAGGAUCACAAGAAAUUCAAGUCGCUUGUUUUGUCUUCUAUGCGAGGGCUUUGGAACAUCCAUUUGGAUGCACCCUCUUUAGAAAUCUACAAAUACAAUGGAUAUGUCAUUCCAUUUAACUUUGAGAGAACAUAUGCACUUAAAGACGUAAACCUCCAUUACAAUCGGAACUUUAGUCCGAGUUAUUACGAUAGAAGUUUCUUUGUGGUUAUUAACAUGAGGUUCUUUAUAAACGUUUCUGUCCUCGCAGCAACAACAAUCUUUCUUGAGGCUCUCACCUAUAAACACGUAGGAGGAGGAAAACUGAAAAAGCUGCCUUUCAGGUUUGAGAACUUAACAAAAUUAAAGAUAACCUUUAAAGCUCCUACGUUUUGCACUCUUUUCGACAUUGCUGAAUUCCUCAAAGAAUGCCCUAGACUCGAAGGAGUUGUGAUCGAUAUUCACAAUUUCACCUUCGCACCUCAUUUGCCUUUCUGGGAGAUGGAUCAUAAGGAUGAAAUCCAGAGUAACUUGAACAACAAGUACCGUUUGGGGUUUCUCAAGAAAGUCAAGAUUUUCGGAUAUAAAGGCUACCCGCAUGAGCUUGAUAUCAUGGAGUUCUUUGCCAAGAACGCACCAUCUCUAGUGAAGUUCAAGUUGGUGAUAGCUAAAAAAGAGAAGAUCAAUGCUUGCGUACCAGAUUAUGCAAGAUUAAAUUUUAUCAAUAGCAUAUUUCCUGGGAUCAGAGUUACUGAAGCUUGAACUCAGGUUGUUCCGGAACAAACUAUCGUAGCUCUUUUGAUGUGUUUGAAACAUCACAGUUCUCAGAUACAAUUUGUUUUUCUUUUCUUAUGGUCUUCUCUCUGAUUUGAACUGGCUUUGUUUCUUUAU